CCCCGUCCUCAGCCAGCAUGUCGCGGACUUGGCUGCCCCUCAGCCCGCGCGGCGGGGACCCGGGGCGGCGGCGGCGGCGGGCGCAGCCCUGACGCGGUGCUAGGCAGGGGGGUCGCCCGAGCGCGGGAGCCCCGCGGCCCCCGCCGGCCCCGGCCAUGAGAAGGGACGAGCGAGACGCCAAAACGAUGAGGUACCCGCCGUCGCCGGACGGGGCCGCCUCGCCCCCCGAGAGCCUGCGGCGGAACGGCUACGUGAAGAGCUGCGUGAGCCCCCUGCGGCGGGACCCCCCGCGCGGCUUCUUCUUCCACCUCGGCCGCUUCUGCAACGUGGAGCCGCCGCCGCCCGCCUCCCGCCCGCCGCCGCCGCGGCGCGGCGCCCCCUCCGCCCGGGCGCGCGUCUCGCUGGGCGCCCUGGCCGCCUUUGUCCUCGCGCUGCUGCUGGGCGCGGGGCCCGAGCGAUGGGCGGCCGGGGCGGCGCGGCUGCGGGCGCUGCUGAGCGUGAGCUCGCUCUGCCUCAGCCCGCUCUUCAGCAUCGCCUGCGCCUUCUUCUUCCUCACCUGCUUCCUGACUCGGACCAAGCGGGGCUGUGGCCCCGGCCCCGGCCGCAGCGGCGGCUGGUGGCUGCUGGCGCUGCCCGCCUGCUGCUACCUGGGCGAGUUCUUGGCGUGGCCUUGGUGGUCGUGGGCCCCGUACGCACCCCCGGCGGCUGUGGCGGGGAGCCUGCUGCUGGCGCUGAGCGGCGCGGGGCUGCUGGCGCUCGCACAGCCGUCGGGGCCCAGGCUCUGCAUCCUGGUGCUGCCCUUCACCGGCGCGGUCUGGUGGGUGGCGUUCAGCGGCCUCGGGGCGCUGCCUGCUGCGCUCCGCCCGCUGCUGUCCUGCCUGGCCGGGGGCGCCGGUGGCCUCCUGGCCCUGGGGUCGGAUCACUUCUUCUACAUCAGGGAAGCUCCUCAUCAUUCUCAGUUGUCCAGCACCGCGGAAGACAAAGUGCCUGUGAUCAGACCCAGAAGAAGGUCCAGCUGCGUGUCGCUGGGAGAAACCGCAGCCGGUUACUAUGGCAGUGACAAAAUGUUCCGGAGACCUUCGCUGCCUUGUAUUUCCAGAGAGCAGAUGAUUCUUUGGGAUUGGGACUUAAAGCAGUGGUAUAAGCCUCAUUACCAGAAUUCUGGAGGUGGAAAUGGAGUUGAUCUUUCAGUACUAAAUGAAGCUCGCAAUAUGGUGUCAGAUCUUCUGGUGGACCCAAGCCUUCCCCCACAAGUCAUUUCUUCCCUACGGAGCAUUAGCAGCUUGAUGGGUGCUUUCUCUAGUUCCUGUAGGCCAAAGAUUAAUCCUCUCACCCCAUUUCCUGGAUUUUAUCCCUGCUCUGAAAUAGAAGAUCCAGUGGAGAAAGCAGAUCGAAAACUUCAUAAGGGACUAAGUAGUAAGAAUAGUUUACCAAGCACACAAUUCCGAAGGAGCUCAGGAACUUCAGGAUUGUCACCUGUUGAGCAGUCUUCAAAGUGGGAACGUGGUAAUGGCCAAAGGCCUCAUCAAGAAUUCAGCAUUUCAAGUCAAGGAUACCAUCUAAAUGGACCUUUUAGUGCAAAUCUACUGACAGCCCCAAAGCAAAGGUCAUCUUCUGUAUCACUGACUCACCAUGCAGGUCUGAGGAGAGCUGGUGCUUUACCCAGCCUGAGUCCUGUGAAUUUUCCCAGCCAUGGAUCAGUGCCUGCUGGUUCUCUAACUAAUCGGUCAACCAUUGAAUUUCCUGACACUGCUGAUUUUCUUACUAAGCCAAGUGUUAUUUUACACAGAUCUCUGAGCAAUGUACCCAGUACACCAGAAUUUUAUCAGCACCUUAGAAAUCCUGAUAGCAACUUGUGUAACAACUGUGGAAAUCAAAUACAAAAAUUUCAACAUGUUCACAUUUCAACAUGUGAACCAGACCCCCACAGUGGAAAAUCAGGUGAAGAAAACACCACUUUCUCAGAAGAAUCACUUAUCUCUCUGAAAUCUCAGCAAGAGGACAAAACAGAGAAGGGAGCCGGCAGAAAUAAUUCUGCAGAAAUAUUGGAAGGUGAUAGUCACCUAUCUGAAGAGGCACAACAACCAAAUGUAAAAAGCAAACUUUCAGAUGAACAGGAAGCAUCACUGGAUAUGACUUUAGUAGAAGAUUAUGACUCACUAAUAGAAAAGAUGAGUAAUUGGAAUUUUCAAAUUUUUGAGCUUGUAGAAAAGAUGGGAGACAAAUCAGGAAGAAUACUCAGUCAGGUUAUGUAUACCUUAUUUCAAGAUACUGGUUUAUUGGAAAUAUUUAAAAUUCCCACUCAACAAUUCAUGAACUAUUUUCGUGCAUUAGAAAAUGGCUAUCGAGAUAUUCCUUAUCACAAUCGUAUACAUGCCACAGAUGUUCUACAUGCAGUUUGGUAUCUGACAACAAGACCUGUUCCUGGCUUACAGCAGAUCCACAAUGGUCAUGAAGUAGGAAAUGAAACAGAAUCCGAUGGUAGAAUUAAUCCUGGACGAAUUGCUUAUAUUUCCUCAAAGAGCUGCUGUAUUCCAGAUGAGACCUAUGGCUGCCUGUCUUCAAACAUUCCUGCAUUAGAAUUGAUGGCUUUGUAUGUGGCAGCUGCCAUGCAUGAUUACGAUCACCCAGGAAGGACAAAUGCAUUUCUAGUGGCCACAAAUGCACCUCAGGCAGUGUUAUACAACGACAGAUCUGUUCUAGAAAAUCAUCAUGCUGCAUCAGCUUGGAAUCUGUACCUUUCUCGCCCAGAAUUCAACUUCCUUCUUAACCUUGACCAUGUGGAGUUCAAGCGCUUUCGUUUUUUAGUCAUUGAAGCAAUCCUUGCCACAGAUCUUAAAAAGCACUUUGAUUUCCUUGCUGAAUUCAAUGCCAAGGCCAAUGAUGUAAAUAGUAAUGGAAUAGAAUGGAGUAGUGAAAACGAUCGCCUCUUAGUCUGCCAGGUGUGCAUCAAACUAGCAGAUAUAAAUGGCCCAGCAAAAGUUCGAGACUUGCAUUUGAAAUGGACAGAAGGAAUUGUCAAUGAAUUCUAUGAGCAGGGAGACGAAGAAGCAAAUCUUGGCCUGCCUAUCAGUCCCUUCAUGGAUCGUUCAUCUCCUCAACUAGCAAAGCUCCAGGAAUCUUUCAUCACUCACAUAGUGGGUCCCCUGUGUAACUCCUAUGAUGCUGCUGGUUUGCUGCCGGGCCAAUGGGUGGAAGCAGAAGAGGAUGAUGACAGCGAAAGUGGAGAUGAUGAGGAUGGUGAAGAAUUAGAUACAGAUGAAGAAAUGGAAGGCAAUCUAAAUUCUAAACCACAAAGAAGAAAAGGCAGACGGCGAAUAUUUUGUCAGCUAAUGCACCACCUCACUGAAAACCACAAGAUAUGGAAGGAAAUUAUAGAGGAAGAAGAAAAAUGUAAAGCUGAGGAGAAUAAACUACAGGUAGAGAAUAACUCCUUACCUCAAGCAGAUGAGAUUCAGGUCAUUGAAGAAGCAGAUGAAGAGGAAGAGCGACAGUUGGAAUAAAAGUCAUACUGAAGAAAAUUGGAGGGCAGUGCCCAGGAUCAAGCGAUCAUUGUCUGAUGUUCAUUGUGCUGACUUUAAACUGAACUUUCCCACAUAGACAAGCCUUAAUACUGUGAGAGGAUCCUUGCUAUGCUGGCAGUUUCCCACUCCUAAGCACUUUCACCACAUGGACUAAAAAACUGUACUUAGAGCUGGGCUUCACUUGACUUGUUUUGCAAAGCCAUAUACUCAAAACCUUCACUGCUGUGUAAAUACUUUGUCAUAAUGCUGCUUUGCUGGGCAAUGGGCUCUUAUUUUUCAUGGGGAGGGGGCUGUAACUAAAAAAAAUCAAGUGACUUGACUUCAGUUUCCAAAGUGGCCAGAACUUUCUGCUUUUAUUGAAAAAGGAUUUAUAUUGUAUUUCCAAAUGUAUCUUUUAUGUUUUUCAAUGUUUUGGGAAAAAAAAGUCUAUGCCUAUAUAAAAAGGAAUCCAUUGUGGCCUUUCUGAGAAAUUUCUGCUCAAUGCAAUACACUGUUCAGUGCUGUUCCCAGCUAGGUUUAUUCAUGAAGGACUGAUGGACCUUUGUUAUAUUUAACAAAAUCCAGGUGCAUCAAUUUCUGAUGCUUUUUUACUGUUAUGUAUUAUUUACGAUGUGUGUUUUAUUUCUGCUCAGAGUAUUCAGGUUGCCAUGGACAUCAGACAUCUGAAUUCUAGCCUUAUGGACUUAAGUUCCAUGGCUGGAUUUUAAAGCUGUUUGAAGGAAUUUUAUUCUUUAGUCAAAAUUGUUCUUUUCUUUCUCAGGAUUUGUAUUUUUAAACAUUUACUUAAUAUAAACAGAUUUGUCAGAAGAAAAAAAGUUGUCUUAAUAUUGAUGCUAACCUUUUAUGAAAUGAACAUCGUUUUCUGUUCUUAGAUGAAUUCAAGACUAAUUAAAUCUAAGGAAAAGGAGUUAAUCUGUCUUUUGCCUUAAUGGAAAAUCAAAUGAAACUAAUCCCUUCAGAGAUAAAGAACAAAAGAAACAUGGUGGGCUCUAAAAGACACAUACACUGAAUAAGUAAUCGAAAUAUGUGGUUAUCUUUAGAUCUGUAUCUUAUGUGAAGUUACUAUAAAACCAACAUACAUUUUUGUAAUUAUUUUCUGCCUGAAGACAUGACAAAAAUGACUUGUCAUUACUCAAUAAUUCUAGAGUCCAAUUGCAAGAUUGAUUUCUGAGAUAAAGUAAAUGAUGGCAAUACUUCAGCUUAUCUAAAAAAAUCUAGUGUAACAAAUAAUUUCACAAAAGCAUAUAGAUAAAUAACCACAUUAAAAAGAGAAUAAAGAAAACAAACCAUUUUUACAGUGUUUUUAAACUGUAUGGUGCAGAUAUAUAUCCUUGCUGUGAAAAAUAUCUGAGGUUGUAAAAUGCAGCCAAAAUGAUAGAGGGUAAACUAAUAUUUUUCAUUAUUUUUCAAGACUAUGUCAUAUGUUGGAGCCAUGCAACUUUGUAGAUAAUAAACCAUUAAUUUCUAAGGUCAUUCCUUUAAAGUCUGAUAUUAGUAGUUUUUAAUCUACCUAGAAUAUUUAGGUUACCUGAAAGAUUAAUUAAAGAUAAUACUAUUAAGUGUUACAAUUUUGGGCUAGGGAUUUAGCUCAGUGGCACAAGCGCUUGUCUGGCAAGUGUGAGGUCAUGAGUUUGAUCCUUGGAACCAAAAAGGAAAAAAAAAGAGUGUUGUGAUCUUUGAUCCUGCACUGUAUCAUAAUAUUUAAUAAAUUACUAAACUUUAUUUAUUAAACAUGUUGCAUUCUGAAUUCCUUCCUAUUUUAUUGUUACCAUACCAUUUGCAAACUAAUGUCACAUUACUAAAUAAUAAAAAUUUAAAGAUUUGAGUUUGCACAUGUGUAUAUAUAUAUAUAUCUAUAUAUGCAUACAUGCAUAUAUAUAGACAUAUAUAUCCUGUGCUUAUACUUCUCUAGCUUAUGUUUUGCAUACUACAUAUAUUUUUGCUAUUGCUUUUUUUCUGACAGAAUACAAUAUACCCAUGUAUCUAUAUAAAUUCAUACUUGUGCAUGUGCGUAUAAUCAGGUCACAUUUCUAUUAUAAUUACUGAAAUUUUGUAUGGUACUUGCUUAGUUUUUAUUUUCUUGAAAGAAGCACGUCUUUAUUUUAUUAAAAAUAUGCUCACUUAUAAAUCAUUUUAAAAUAGUCCUCAAAUUUCCUAAUUUUUGCAAAUUGAUACAUAUUGAGAUAACUAACCCAAAAAAACUAAAAAAAAUCAUUUCUACUAAAAUUUUAAAAUUUAUAAUUGGGAGUGUUACUGCUUGUAUCUAGAUGUCCCUCAAAACCUCAGAUGGUCAUAAGUGAGUUUCAAAGAUGGCUGGAUUAGGGUUGGGUGGUUGGAAUGGGAAUUAUACUGCGAUUAAGGAUGUGAGUAAUAGAAGCCCAACCCUGAGACUGGGUAGCGCUGCCCAAAAGUCUUGUAGCUUCUGCCUGCCUUGCCAAUGACUUUCUCUUUGACCAUGCCCCUCUGCCAUGCCACCUGCCUUUGAGCUAGCCCCACCUACUGACUGAAACCUCUACAAACUUUGACCCAAAAUAAACCUUUUCUCCUUUAA